GUGCACCAUUGCAAUACCCGAUGGAACAGAUGAUCCUUACAAAUAUAUGAUGGGACAAUUGGAGGCAUAUGAACCAGAAAGAAGGUGAAUCAUUCGAACAUUUUCUAACUGACAUAAAACAUCUCGUGAAGUCUUGCAAUUACAACACAAUAGACCCAGAUGGAACUGUUGAAGAAAAAGCUCUAAGGGAUAAAAUUGUCAUGGGUAUUCGUGACACAGUUACACGAGAAGCCUUGCUAAGGGUUGAUAAGUUAAAGUUAAAUAAAGCUAUAGAUAUUUGUCGUGCCAGCGAAAUGAGUAAAAAUCAAAACAAAAUGUUUUCUGAAGAAAGCGCAGAAGUAAACACGGCUACAAAAAGGCAUGUCAAGAGAAAGGGCUCCAAACAAAACGACACCAAAGCACAGGAAAAAUUUAAGUGUAAGCGUUGUCUAAGUAUGCAUGGCUCCCAGGAGUGUCCGGCGUUCGGGAAGCCUUGCACAAAGUGUGGAAUUUUAAACCAGUUCGCAAUUGCUUGCCGAGUGAGAAAUAUUAAAAAUGUGCAACAAAAUGUCAACAGCGAUAGUGAAGAUAGCUGUAGCAGUUUAUUUGUCAAUCAUGUUAAUUUUUUAGGUAGUUCUAAGGACCUUUGGGACGAGAUUGUCGAAAUUGAGGACACGAAAUUCAAGGUAAAACUGGACACAGGAGCUGACGUCUCUGUGAUCCCGCGCAAAAUUUUUGAUAAAAUAGACAAACAAUUUAAGAUACUUGUUUGCAGCACACAACUGGAAAUCAGUGGCGAAACGACGGUCUUUCAGAGAAGUGCGAGGGGAACAACAAACGAGUGGUUGGUGGAACGAUGGGUGACGAGAAUAUGCCCUCCUUCUUGGUGGCAGUCGGUUGACGCCAUUACUCGCUGCCGGCGGAGUUUUCCGGAGCAGAAGAGCAAGGAGCCGUGCAGUGUUUAG